AUGUUUGUGUUAUUAUUAACUAAGGCUACACACCGAAAUUCGCCACAAGGCCUUUUAAUAGAAGCGGCCGCGAUCACGUCCGUGAUCGCACGAACGUCAGACCGGGAAGUGUUCAGCGCUAUCCAAUCAGACACAGCCUUGCAGAGAUCUGGUGCUGCCUUGCAGCGGGUACAUGCAUUGAUGCUGACACUAUUGGCCAGGUUCCACGUGCCACCAGCCGAUAUAGACUCGAGUGAUGAUUGCACUCUGUAUUAUAAAGUAAGGUUUUAG